UGCGCGUGCGUAUCCAGACGUGGCAACGGCAUCAUGGCUUCUUGGAGCGGUUACCGGAGUCGGAUGGUAGAGCUGAAAAUGUACACAUUCGUCUUGUUGGUGUGCCUGGUGUCGGUGCUGCAGGCGGCUGUAAAGGUCUCUCCUCUCAUAGAGAAGGUCAGCGACCACAAGGACUUCAAGAAGCUCCUUCGGACCCGAACCAAUGUCCUGGUGCUCUACACUAAGUCAGCUACCUCCGGGGACUCUAAGCUGAAGCUGCUGUCUGACGUGGCCCAGGUUGUCAAAGGACAGGGCACCAUCGCCUGGGUCAACUGUGGGGAUUCGGAGGGUCGUAAACUGUGUAAGAAAGUGAAGGUAGAUCCCAGCUCUAAAAGUGGUGGCGCAGAUCUCCUGCAUUAUAAAGAUGGGACGUUCCAUACAGAGUACAACAGACCUGCUACAUACAAGUCCAUGGUGGCGUUUUUAAAAGACCCUACGGGAGCCCCCCUCUGGGAGGAGAACCCAGAAGCUAAAGAUGUUGUUCAUGUAGAAACUGAGAAAGACUUCAGGAAGCUUGUAAAGAGGGAGGAGAGGCCAAUCCUCAUGAUGUUCUACGCCCCAUGGUGUGGUGUCUGCAAGAGGAUGCAGCCCGUAUUUCAACAGGCAGCUACAGAGACCAAGGGUCAAUUUGUGUUGGCUGGGAUGAACGUGCACCCAGCCGAGUUUGACGGCCUCAAGCAGGAGUACAACGUCAAAGGCUACCCCACCUUCUGUUACUUUGAGAAAGGGAAGUUCCUGCACCACUAUGAAAACUACGGAGGUACAGCCAAGGACAUCGCUGACUGGAUGAAGAAUCCCCAGCCCCCCCAGCCGAAGGCCCCAGAGGUCCAAUGGUCGGAGACUGACUCCCCCGUCUUCCACCUGACUGAUGACUCCUUCGAUGGGUUCCUGGAGGAACACCCGUCUGCCCUGGUCAUGUUCUAUGCCCCGUGGUGUGGCCAUUGUAAGAAGAUGAAGCCAGAGUAUGAUGAAGCUGCUGAAUACCUCAACAAAGACAAAAAUAGCCCUGGUGUUCUGGCAGCCGUGGACACCACCAUACACAAGGCAGUGGGAGAGCGCUUCAAGAUCUCCGGCUUCCCCACCGUCAAGUACUUUGAGAAGGGAGAGGAGAAGUUUACGCUACCCCACCUCAGGAGUAAGGACAAGAUCAUAGAGUUUCUACAGAACCCCCAGGCGCCCCCUCCCCCAGAGCAGUCCUGGGAAGACAAGCCGUCCAGCGUCAGCCAUCUAGGAAUGGAGGACUUCAGGGAAGCGCUGAAGAAGAAGAAGCAUGCCCUCGUCAUGUUUUACGCACCAUGGUGUCCCCACUGCAAGAACGCUGUCCCUCACUUUACCACUGCAGCAGAUCUCUUUAAAGAGGAUCGCAAGAUAGCCUAUGCUGCCGUGGACUGCACUAAAGGACCUAACCAAGAGCUGUGCAAGCAGGAGAGUGUGGAGGGCUACCCCACCUUCAACUACUACAACUACGGGAAGUUCGCAGAAAAAUACAACGGAGACCGAGGGGAGGCGGGGUUUAUAGGUUUCAUGCGCAGCCUGCGGGGGCGGGACCAGGGCAAGAGGAAGGAGGAGCUUUAAGGCAGGGCGUGGUGAGGUGGAGGAGCCUGUCAUUGCACUGUGACCCUGGACAGGGGCCUCUUAGCACUGACAUCACGUGAUGUCAUCAUGAUGUGACAUCACGUGGCGGAGACUUGAGAACCUCAGCGUUUCAGCGAAAGGCUAUUUUUUUAUACUGAUAUAGAUCCAUCAUGUGAUCAUGUUUGUAAUACCAGUGGGAUUACCUACCAUCUGACCACUUGAGACUUUUUUUUUUUUCGAUAAAAAAAAUCAAAAGAAGAAAACAGGAAAAUGUUGCCCAAAUACUGUGACUGCAUUUGUGAAAAGCUACACCUUAUACUGUAUCUAUGCAAUACCGGACCCUCCCUUCCUGAUCCGCUCUUGUGUGGUUGGUUGGUGGGUUAGCCACCUACAGCACUGUACAUCAUAGGGACCAUCGCUACAGUACAGUCCUACGGGUCACUACGCCAUACAACUGUUUGUUUCAAUAUAACUGUUUAAAUAUUUGUGUAUAGACCUGUCUAUCAUGUUAGGUCUUGGUUUGUUUCAGGAUGAUAAGAAUCUGAUAGCUAAAACUGUGGCCUUUUUAAUAAAUGUGUACGAAAGCUAAUCACUCACACAGAGUCAGACAGAAAGCGUAGUGAAUGAUACGAGGGCCUAAAACAGUGGUGUUGAAGCCUGGUGCUUCUGUUCCUCCACGUGUGUCCAAGUCAGCCAUGAGAGAAAGAAAUGACAAAUCAGGAACAUAAAAUGCCCAAAAUAAAUUAGAAUUAUAAGUAUGUUACUAUGCUGUAUCUCCAGAUGUCAAUGAUUUACAGAAGCCUCCUGUUGUCGUAGUGAUAUGCUCUUUACUAUAGACGGGUUGGUUGUUUCGCAACAAAACCGACGCCUGCGCAACCUUGGGGCAAAACAGACGGGACAGGCUUCGAUUGUUGACAACAUGUAAACUAUAUUUAGUCUCCAAUGUUUAUUGAAA